UGGAGGAAAAUACUGGCCGCAGCAGCAGACAGACUGCUUGGCAUUACAGACGGCUGGCUGCUGUGGGAACUGCUGUAAGCUCCUUCUAGAAGCUACCGGACUUCGCUGCCAACACCAGGUUGAAUCAACUUGGCUGCUGAAAGAAGGGAAACCUGUCUUUGCCUAAAUGGUGACGUUCUGGAUGUGAGCCUUGUUCUUCCACUUUGCCUGCCAGGUGGACACCUUGUUUGGGAUCUCCUGUAUCAAAAGCCACUGCGACCUGAAGCUAACCCUAACUCAGUUGGAAACCUUUUUUUUUUUUAACACUAAGAUAAAAAUAUUACAAAGGUACAUUUUUGGUUUACAACGUCUUUCUCGGAUUCUUCUACAUGACAACGAUGGCAAAGAAAAACAGUCAGAAGGAUACAUCUGGUGUGGUGUUUGAUACUCGCUCAAAAAUGGUCAUGUCCCAGGGAGGAACGACGGAGAGGAUGAAGGAGAAGAUCAGCGCGGUCAGAGCAGUCGUCCCCAACAAAAGCAACAACGAGAUCGUGUUGGUGCUGCAGCACUUUGAGAACUGCGUGGAUAAAGCCGUGCAGGCUUUCUUGGAAGGGAGUGCAGCUGAGAUCCUGAAAGAGUGGAAUGUGACCGGCAAAAAGAAGCCCAAGAAGAAAAAGAAGCCCAAGCCUCAGCCCGAAGUCUCCGCAGAAGCGGCUCAACCUGAGGCCACGUCGCCCGAGGAGAGCAAGGAUGAGAUGAACGGCUUUCACGCCAACGGAUCCGUCGUGGACGGAGAGUCUCUGGAUUCGCUGAGCGAGCAGUUGGACUCUGCUUCCCUGGAUGCAGCCGAGCUGGACUCUGAACCCGCUACAUCCGAGACGCCCAUUGCAGAGGCAGAAACUAAUGUCAGCGCUCCAAGUCCUGCGUCCCAACUCGGAGGGAGAAAUCAUCACCAGGUUUCCAGAGGCAACAAAUCCCGGCACCGGACGAACUCCGGUCUCCAUCCCUCCUCACCUUCACUAGCAACCACCCCCGAUGAGCAGGGAUCAUCAGGAGGGAAGAAGAUAGCUACCAAUAUUGACCGCUCGGUGAAAGACCUGCAGAGAUGUACCGUCUCCCUGACCCGCUACAGGAUGGUGGUCAAGGAGGAGAUGGACUCCUCCAUCAAGAGGAUGAAACAGACAUUUGCCGAACUCCAGAGCUGUUUAAUGGACAGAGAAGUGACUCUGCUGUCAGAGAUGGACAAAGUGAAGGCUGAGGCCAUAAUGAUCCUGGACGCUCGGCAGAAGAGAGCGGAGGAACUCAGACGGCUGACGGAGCGAUCUGCCUCCAUGUCUGAGGAGCAGCUGACUGAACUACGUGCAGAUAUCAAGCACUUUGUGAGUGAACGUAAAUAUGACGAGGACCUUGGGAAAGCUUUAAGAUUUACAUUUGACCUUGAACCAUUGAAGACGAGCAUCUCUGGCUUUGGAUCAGUCUACCAUCCACGUACGGGCUACUCAGAUCGGUCCCGUUGUAGCUCCACAUCCUCCUCCGUCGCCAGUCCGGUCCAAAUGGAGACGCCUCCUCCCACCCAGACCCAACCUGCCCACGCUGAAAACCGGCCUCCUCCAGUCAAACAGAUUUUCCAAGGGAACCGACGCACCUUCCAAGGCCCGGGUUAUCACUCAGGCGGCCAGCGGUUCAACGGCAGCUCCCACCACGACAGGAACGCGGGGCGCGGGGGCCACCGCUACCAGGGCGACGCCGGCUCCUCCGGCCCGUCCUCGCAGCAGCCCAACAGCUCCAGAGGUCCCUCGCAUUCCUCCACCUUCUCCUCCCACAACCAAGACCGGCCCGCCCACAACGGCCUGCCCCAAAGGCUUCCUCGAACACACUGCCCUUGACAUUGGAAAUCUCCCGGCCCAGUCGAACCCAUCCACUACCCCCCCACGCGCUCUGUGCUCCCCGCCCGCCCCAGCUCCCUUCAAUGAAGAAUAGUAUAACAAGUUUACAUGUUUCAGUCAGUUGAGCUGUAGUGCCACCCCCCCCACCCCCCCCCGCAUCGGUCUGUUCAUUCUAUGAACGUGAAAAGCUCCAGCUGUCUCUUCCUCAUUUCAUUUCUCUCUGUUCCAGCGACACGUUCUAUCUUUAGCCGCCCUGUGAGAGAUCUGACUGCUCUGCCGCUGUGGGUCUCUGUCAGUAGUCAUUACAGAGACCCCCCCCCUCCCCCAUGAUUACCUGCAACAAUCUGCACUAUUCAAGUUGAACUCUUAGUACUCUCCUCUCUUUAUUUUUUGCCGUGGCGCCGUCAGCUCUCUGAUUCGAAGCUUUGUUUUUUUGUUUUUUCUUUUUGUCUCCAAGAACCAUUUCAAUGCCUUCACUGUUGGAAAGAGUGUUGUGGAAGUGCAAAAGUAGUUCUUAGCUUCUGCAGGGUUUCCGUCAUCCGAGUCGUAGACAUGCAAUCAACACUACAGACUGUCGUUUAUCAGACAUAUCAAACUGUAAAUCAGAGCUUAAUGUUUGGCUGCUACAAACUAUAGGGGGGGGGGGAAUGUUUGGACUCAAACAGGAGUAGUUUUAAGUUUUCUGAAGGCUUCCUCUCUCUGCAGAUAUGGAGCAGCAGCCGGUCAGCUUAGUUCAGCAAAUAAAGGAAGGAACUGCUGUUUGCUCUCAAAAUAAAAAAACUAUAAGCUAAAGGUUUUGCUGAGGGCGACCGUUAACCGUCGGCCAGUGAGCCGUUCCCUGGACCUUCAUAUUCGCCCCAAACAUGACUCCAUGUUUCUGCUCCUCUCUGCAAGGAGUCUUUGAGAAGUCUUAAACUAUUCCUCCUUUAAUUUCUGCCUGAAGCAGUGAUGUACCCCCUCCCACCCGCCCUCGCUGGGUUAUUCUGUGGGCUGUCGUCCAUUAUUUUCUAACUAAGAGGGCUCAUUCGCUUUUUGUUUUUUUGUUUUUUUUGUAAACUAUCGAUAAAGGAAGCUCUUUUGGGUGUACACAUGCUGUUUUAUAAUCCUGAGCAUUUAUUCAGCUGGGUGUUCUCCUGCACGCUCCGUUUCUUGCUUCCUUUUUAUUUAGUUUUAUUUCCACGCGAGUGGCAUCGUAACGUCCCGCUUGCCUUUAGUCGCAGACUUCACAUUUGCCUUUCUACAAACACAGUUGUCACCAUCAGAACUGCUCUCCUGGAUUCCAGGAUCUGUCUUUUUUUUUUUUUUUUUUUUUUCUUGUCCAACUUCAGAAGUAAAGUUCUCUUAGGAUCAUUGAACACAUCGGGGGGGGGGGGUUAAGAUUCCUGCAUCUUGUCACGGCUGCCAAGUAGUUGCUUCAAGCUGCUUUUUUUUGGGGGGGUUAAUUACCUCUUUUGUCCCGUUUGAGAACAAAAUGCUGGUGAAUACCUCACGACUCGCUCCAGCCUGUUAACUUGCAGCGGGCUCCUGUUUAGAGAGCGGGACCCCCGUGGCGAUUUCCUCGCCUCUUAUGUCGUAGUAGUUGUGUACAUGGAGCUGUAGUGGGAAACCAGUUAUGUUACUUUAUCGCUUCAUGAUGUUUCAUCAUGUCUUCCUUCAAACGGGAAGUGAAAAUUAAUCUUUGAGCUUUUUGUUUGUUUUUUUUUUUUUUUUCCCUAAUUUCCUUUUAUUCAUGAUUUUGUCAUAGGGUUUUUUUUUUUUUUUUUUUUUUGAGUUUUAAGAAAAAGAUUUACUUUAAGAGGUAAAUUAGUGAUUAUUGUGGAGAAAAGGUGAUUAGGCUUGACAGAAAGUAGUUCAGUGUAUUUCGGGAGUAUGAUUGUUGGCUUUCUCAUCAGAUUUUAGAGCAUAUAUAUGAAGGUAUUGUAAGCAGACCAGAGACUGGGUUCUGGUUCUUGUCGGCGUGAGAUCCGACCCACAGAGAAACUCAGAUGUUGCCGUCUGUGCGGAGCGUUUCAGUAACGGCUUCUGAAAAAAAAAAGAAAAAAAAAAAGGUGUACUUUUGGUUUAAGUGUGAAAUGCACCGUAUUAUCAGCUGGAGCUGCAGGAUUCCUCCUGAUGCGAGCGGGACGGUCAAAAAGCACGUUUCAACUGUGAGCACCGCAGCAAGGAGCAGGUUCCAUAGGACCCCUCUGAGCAGACUAAAGUAAUCCUCCAAAGCUUGUGAAUCGUCUUUGUUUACUGCGUCCACAACCCAGAGUGGAGGAGGAGGCGGGAGAGGGUUUGGUUUUUCUGCAUCGAGCAAAAAGAAGCUGGAGCUCGUUGAUGUUGGAGCCUCAGAGGUGUUUUCCAGAUUCUUUGCUCAUGCCGGUUAGUUCGUUUUCUCAUAAAGAUGCACAUUUACUCAAGUUGUACCAAAUGCUGCAACUCUCCUCCCUCCGCUCCUCGUCUCGUGACGGAGGACGGGCCGCACUGUGUGCUGAAUCAAGCUGCAGGACACAUCAAACACAACUCCUCCUCGUGAGAAAUGCUGGGCUCUGUGUUUCACCUACACCUUCAUCCACAGCUUCUUUUACAUUCCAGCCUCCAGAGAUGUUGGGUUUUUGCUGCAUAAUGACAAAAAUCUGAAGCUUUUUUUUUUUUUAUUAUUCCUUCCAUCUUACUUUACUAUUUCUUUCCUGUAAAUACAUAUAUGUAGCUAUAUGAUUCUGUGCUCACAUGGGGCAUUUUCUAUGUGAUAUUCAUACUAGGCAUAACUGAAGUGAAAACAUCCGGUUUGUUCAUUCUUCCAACUGUAAACUCAAGUGCCUUUUCUUGUCGCUCCCCCCCCCGCCCACCCCCCUGACUCCGUCAUUUUCCUCCACCAGAGUAUGGACCAAAGACAUCAACCGUCCCCGACAGCCCAUCCCCGUCUUUCUCCCUCUCACUGAAUGGCACACUUCUCAUUUACUACAAAUAAAACUGUUUGCAAUACCAA